CGCCGCCUCCCCGCGGCCGCCGCCGCCAUGUUGGAUGGUGCGUGUGGGUGUCAAGCGCAGCCCGCGGCCGCCGGGCACCGGGACACCGGGACACCGCGCCCGCCCCGCGCCCGCAGUGAUGAGGAUUUCUUCAGCCAAAUCUGUUGACCCAGUUGCUGCUGAAGCUGCUUUUCUACUGACUUUCAGCUCUGUUUGGACAGGGAUGAGGCUUGUGACAACAGCAGUCAUGAUUUUCAUUUUCUCGUGUCGUUCUCUUGAGGAGAGGAAAUGAUUGUAGCGGAACGUGUCACAAACACGCCACUGCUACGGAGCCUUCGCAGUUCAGAAACGUUCCUAGAAGAGCAAAUUUAGCCCUUUGCUGUUUGUGUUGUGGAAUCUGUCUUGGUAAAAAGGGAAAUAAAAAUGACGACUUCGUCUAUCCGACGGCAGAUGAAGAACAUUGUGAACAAUUACUCAGAGGCCGAAAUAAAAGUUCGGGAAGCAACCUCGAAUGACCCCUGGGGUCCUUCCAGUUCGUUGAUGACUGAAAUAGCAGAUCUGACCUACAAUGUUGUGGCCUUUUCUGAAAUUAUGAGCAUGAUCUGGAAACGACUGAAUGACCACGGCAAGAACUGGCGACACGUCUACAAGGCCCUCACUCUCUUAGAUUACCUGAUUAAAACUGGCUCCGAGAGGGUGGCCCAGCAGUGUAAAGAGAAUAUUUUUGCUAUCCAGACAUUGAAAGAUUUUCAGUACAUCGAUCGAGAUGGGAAAGACCAGGGCAUCAACGUGAGGGAGAAAUCCAAGCAGCUGGUGUCCCUUCUGAAGGACGACGAGCGCCUCAAGACGGAGAGGGCCCAAGCCCUGAAGACCAAAGAACGGAUGGCUCAGGUGGCCACUGGGGUGGGCAGCAACCAGAUCACCUUUGGCCGAGGCUCCAGCCAGCCCAACCUGUCCACCAGCUACUCAGAGCAGGAGUAUGGAAAGUCUGGAGGAUCCCCAGCGUCCUACCAUGGCUCGACGUCCCCGCGGGUGUCCUCGGAGCUGGAGCAGGCGCGGCCCCAGACCAGCGGCGAGGAGGAGCUGCAGCUGCAGCUGGCGCUGGCCAUGAGCCGGGAGGUGGCGGAGCAGGAGGAGCGCCUCAGACGCGGGGACGAUCUGAGAUUACAGAUGGCUCUGGAGGAGAGUCGCAGAGACACAAUUAAAAUUCCCAAAAAGAAGGAGCACACCACCUUGUUGGACCUGAUGGAUGCCCUGCCCUCCUCGGCACCUGCCCCGCCCAAAACCGAGCCCUGGGGACCUCCUGCUGCUGCUGCCAACCAAACGGAUCCCUGGGGAGGAUCCACAGCUGCAGCCCCUGCCUCUGACCCCUGGCAAUCCUUUGGUGCCAAACCAGCUGCUUCUGUUGACCCUUGGGCAGCACCAGCAGGAUCCACAGCUCAGCCUCUGGCCAAAAAUGUGGACCCUUGGGCUCCUGCUCAGCCAUCUUCUACUGCAGCAAAAUCUUCUGUGGAUCCUUGGGGAUCAGCACCUGCAAACAAACCUCUCUCCACUUCUGGAAGUACAUCUUUUGACCUCUUCAGUAAUUUGAAUGGUACAGUUAAAGAUGAUUUUUCUGAAUUUGACACACUUCGAACUUCCAAAAAGCCAGCUGAAUCAGGUUCCACUCUGCCAUCUCAGCACAGUGGUACCACGAGUCCUGAUCUCUUUGAGUCCCAGCACUCGAGUGGGACAUCAGGCAAACAGAGCACGGCCCGGAAAACCCCGGAGUCCUUCCUGGGCCCCAACGCUGCCCUGGUGAACCUGGAUUCUCUGGUGUCUAAACCACCACAACCUGUUACUUCUCUGAACCCAUUCUUGGCACCAGGUGCCGCUACUGCAGCGACUCCAAUCAACCCCUUCCAGGUGAACCAGCCUCAGCCUCUGACCCUGAACCAGAUGAGAGCGAGCCCCGUGAUGGGCAGCAGCCCCUCCUUCAGCGCCGUGCCCCCGAUGAGCAUGGAGCCAAUACCUCUGUCUUCCAUGGCCCCCGUGCCCGUGGGGAUGGCACCGCUGCCGGCCAUGGGCACCAUCAGGAUGGGCCAGGGGCUGAGCAUUGCAGGAUCAAUGCCCCAAGCUCUGCACAGUACAGGAAUGCCGCCAGCAGCCUCCCAGGCUGCAAAUACAACUAACCCUUUCCUCCUAUAAAGACCCGAUUAAAGGAACUUUUCUUUUCUUAGUGUUUCCAGGCUGAAGUCUUUCCAGCGAAACGAACGUGGCCUGUGUGGACUGAACGGUGUGUGAGAGACUUGGAAGUAGAUUUGCAGUUUACAGUUAUGAUCUUUGAAGAGUUGUCGCUACUUACCAGUUAAUCUAAAUCUAGUCUUUGCUACAGAUGGUACCUUACUUUGGCUUGUUGAGCAUCAUGUGAAAUGUUCAGACUUUUCACCAAAGUUAGAUUCUGCCCAUUUUUGUUACUUUGUUAAUCAUUUCAAACACACUUUCUAGGGAGAGAACCUGCCACUGGAAAACUCCCUUGGCUAUUUUGUAGAUGUCAGAUCAUGUGCUGGAUUCCUGAAGUUACUCUUCCCCUGCAUCUGUCACUUCCUCUGCCCGUAAGAUAGACCUGAGAUUCCGAGUGCUAGUGAAUGUUUUGCACAUAACUACACACAGCUCUAGACUGUUGGUUCACCCAUAGUCCUUACUCUUAGAAGAGACCGACCCGGAGGGCCCAGGGGGGCUUGGUUUUUAUGCAUUAAACAUUGCAAACUCGCACUGCUUUGGUAUCUCUGAGGUGUGACUGACAGCAGCAAGCUUGUCUCGAAAGGAAAAUAACACAAAACCCCAGACAAAACACCCAAGACCAUGCUCGAGUUGUGCUGUCGUGUGCAGUGUUGAAUUCCUACACUACUCUAAGGACUCCUGGAACUCUGUGAGUGGCUGCACUCGUGCUGAGUGAGUGUCCUGCUCUGUGCUUGUCCAGUACCAGCUUCGUUUGGAAGUUUUUUCAUGUGUAUUUUGUUUUUAUUUGACUUACAAUGUGAGUUGAAAGAAAAAAAAAAAAAAAAAAAGGAAAAAACAAAGAAAAGGAAAAAAAAAAAAGAGAUACAGUGGGACAACUUUGAAUUCAGUUUCACCGGGGCAAGCUUUAAAACUAAUUCAGGCUUAACCUUGCUAUAUGCAGUUACUCUUGUAUACUUUUGCACAUAUUUUGUUUAGUACAGUUUCAUAUUUUGAGUUUGCAGAGUUACCUAAUAGUCCUUUUUUUGCUAAUUUUUAUAAUGUGGUUCUUAUUUAACUGUCUGGUUUUGAUAGAUUUAUCAAGUCUGGCUGAAAAAUUAAGAUAUUGGCAAAUGUCAUUUUUAUGGUUUUAAUGCCCUCUUAUUUAUGGUUUUCGCUCUUUGUUUCUGUAAAGAGAGUUUAAAAGGGAAGAUUAACACUAAAAUAUUUACUUUUAAAUGAAGUAUUCAUAAUGCAAAUCAAAAACAAAUCCUCGUGACUAAUUAUUUUUAGAUGAAUUGAAUUUGAGCAUAACAUGAUUUAAGACUACAUUAAAAAGAAAAAACACUAAAGUUGCCUUUCCCUUGAUUUGUUCCCAUUUCCCAAUCCCCAGACUUUUAGCCUUGAUGAAGAUCCCCCCCAGAGAGGCUGUUUGGUUUUAUUUUCCUUGUAAAACUUGUGGAGCUGUUAAAAAUCCUGAUGUACAAACAGAACUUGUUUCAUUUUAUCCACUGAUUUUUCCUCUUGGAAGGUGCACUCUGUAGGAUAACUGCUUCCAUGUCCAGCCAUCCCUCGGGAGCUGAAUUAUCCCUUUUCAAUGAAUUUUCAUGUCUGAACUCCUCACCACGCUCAGGGGUUCUGCUGGAGCCCCAGCCUCUCCCAAAAAUCCAUGGAAAAGGAUUUUUUCCUGCCUGCAGGGCACCUCUGAACGGACUUGGUGGCCUUUCCUUAAUUUAAGAGGGGGAAAACAGAAUUUGCCAGGGUUGUGUUGUGGUGGAACAAUUCCCUGUGGGGCUGGAGAGGGGCUGGAUCCCAUGGGAGGACUGGGAUCCAUCUCCUGGUGGGAAGGGGAUGCUGAAGGAUGAUCAGAUUUAGGGACAAGCCCAGACUGGAGCUGUGCAGGUCAGGGUAGCUCUGGUAGUGUAUGGAAUGCUCAGUGUGUGGAUGUUCCUGUGCAGGUGUGGGAUCCUCUGGCAUCCUCUGGGAUCCUCUGGAACUGGCAGGGAGCAUUCCCAAUCCUUGUUUUUAUAGAGGAGGGAAGAGGAUUGCUGUCCACACCCAGCCUGUCUUUAAAAACAAAACAAAACCCCAUUCAUGUUGCCUUUCAGAGCAAAGAAAAAGACUUUUUCUGUUGUUGUUGAGGCUAUUGAAAAGUGUAGAGCAGGAAGGGUGUGAUUCUUGCAGAUGGGGGGGAAAGUGCUUUUUUCCAGCUGAUCUGUGGCAAGAUUCCUCCCAGGUUGUUUUCCCAGUUGGAUUGGACCAGCACUGGAGUCAAGGUCACCCUGGGUUUGUCCCCUUGUCCCCUGAACUGCAGUGGGAUGGGGCAUUGUGUGCCCAGCCAAGAGUCCUGGCCACGUCCUGGGGAACUUUCUAGAGGCAAGAUGAGGUUGAUAAGAAAUAUUUCAAGUGCUGAAAUAAUCUGCAGUUGGAGCUGUCACUGUAAAUUCGCCCCUGGCUUAAUGAAGCUGUUGAAUGGCAAAUUGUUGCUUUUCCUCCCAAGUCACUGCCCCCAGAACUUUAUCCCUUUUAUAUUAAAUAGAGACAUUUUUGGCACAACAAACCCAAAGGAGGCUCCCUGAGGCGCCACAGCCCAAAUUCUGGUGCUGGAAAUAUUUAGGCUGAGACUAACCAAGCCCAGAUCCCAGCCUGGCACAGGGCUUGUGGCAGGUUUGGUGAAUGUUCCUGGGCUGGGCUGUGUCCCCAGGGGGUGACACAGGGGUGUCACUGUCCUGGCUGGGGGUGCUCUGAACGGUCCAGCUCAUUUUGUGAUGAUUUUCCUGCUCUGCAGGAUAAUCCCCCCUCCCUCCUGGCCCUCCCACAUUUCUGGAGGAUAUUUGUGUGCCCUAUCACAUCCCCUCUGCCCCAUUUCUCCAUUUCUCCCUCUUUUCCUUCUUUUUCUCACUUUGCAAAUAUUCAAAGUGCUUUUUUUUUUCCCCCUUUUUGAUUUUUAAAACAUUAGUAGCCCAAAAUAGCCUUACUGGUCAAAUUGACCAAAGAGAAAAGUGUUAAAUAUCUUAAAAAAAAAAAAAAAAGAAAAGAAAACACACACACACACACACCUUGGCAUAAUUUCCCCCCUAAAUUAGCUCAGUUAUUUAUUCAGUUUUAUGCUCUAGAGAAACUCAACUCCGUGGAGGGGGCAGGGAAGGGAAGCCCUGGUGGGUUGUGGUGUUGGCAGUUUUUGGGAAGUCCCGUAGCCAAGACAGCUCUUGUUCCCCUUGUGCCCCUUUGCUGUUCCAGCUCGAGGUGUUCUCUGUGCCUGAAUAUUGCACAGGUGGGGAGAAAGAGGAGAUUUCUUUUUCCCAGCAGAAUCUCACACAACUCUUCCUCUCCAAGUGUUCUGAUAUUUCCCAAACUGCUCAUAACCCUGGGAGCCAGCUGCUUUUUCUGGAUUUGUGCUGACUAUUGCCAUUAUUUACUGUAUAAAUAAUUUAUCAUUUGUACUAUUGUAUCAUAAUGUCUGUAUCUUUGUGUCAUAUUUUUUUUUCUCCCCCCCCAGCAAUGUCACAGAUGUGAUAUUUAAACGAUGCCAUCAGAACAGUGGAAAGACGAGGGGUUUGGAGGUGACUGGUCAGAAUUAAAAUUGUAUUGCUUCUA